CUUGGUCCGGCGCGGCGUGUCUCCUCGCUGUGCUACUGCCCUUCUACGGUUGCAGCACCGUCUUCAGCCCUUUUUCUCAAUUGAUUGGCUUCAUUUGCCCUCCAUUCACGACAGCCGAUGUGAUCGGCUCAUCCUCUGAUUCUUCUCACGCCUACCUCAACUCUGCAUUCCGCGGCUUGUAAACCCAUUUCCGCCCGCCUCUCCGGAGAAGAUUCAGUCCAUGUGUCUUAGCGCACUUCGCUGUAUGUUCAUGCGUACUCGUUGAACCAUCCGUCGGGACGCGUUCUGUUUCACGCGCCUUCUAAGGUAUGCCCAGUUCUGCUCCCUUGUCUCCACCGGACGUCCUCCUUGAUCCACGUAACCUGUCGACGCUCUUCGUCGGGUUGACUUAUCCUCCGCCCUCCCCUUUCAUCCCGACACGAGUCAACACACCUUCUGGCCGCCCCGUUCUGCGUCGGGACUCGUGUCGAAUGGACUCGUUACCGAUCGCCGCUCGUCCUCUCGCCCAAGUAAACAUGAGCCAAAUUGCCUUGCAACCGUCAAGCUUUUCUUCCUCAUCCCGUUUAGGGGCAUCAUCCUGAGCAGGCAGGCCGCUGCGGCGCGGAUUUGCAAGCCAAUGACCGACGACCGAACAUCUUGAGGAAGGUGUGUGGGUACAGGGCGGAUCGGGGGCCGAGGUCUGCAUUAGGAGAUAUCGCGCCACGGCUGGCCGUCGAGACGGACUACGCCGUAUGGUCCCCUUCCUCCCUCCCUUCCCCUUUUUUAUCCAUGGCGAGCUCCUCGUGAUACUAGGCGGUCGACGCCGUAGACUCUUCUAAAUACUUCAUAUAACACUUCAGCCUCGCGUGGACGCGGCUCUGUACGACCUACAUCUGGUUCCUAUCCCGCCCCCGCAGGCACAACAAGUGGUCAAUUGACGGCGUCGAAGUCGCACUCUAAGAAGACAGUUCCCGGCCCAGGCGAUCAUGCCUCGUCUACAACAACUAACACAUCGCCCCGGUCACCCGCAAAGAUGAGGUUAGUAGGCCGACGGCGAGUAGCGUAUCCCGCUGUGCGCACAUGUGUCUCCGAAGCCCCCAGGAGCCUCACGUACCCUCGUCGACCGCCUUCGAGCGUCGUAAUUGUCCAAGCUGGAGCUGCGCGUCUUGAGAUCAUCGUGACGACCACUAUGGAGCUUCUGUCCGCUCCCACCACUAUUGAGUGGAUCGGCUGUGGCGAGAGGCACGGACGUUUGAUGGUUCUAGCAGCUGCUACGUUCGGUUCCUGCAUGACCGUCUUCUUUAUCAUUUCCCCGAUCAUGGAGGGCUUGUGCGGAGGAUGGGCCACCCUGCAAGCCGCCAUGUCGGCGUGCGGCUCGGGCUGCACCUCGGGCGUGUUCUACUUUGACUUUGCGAUGGCCUCCGCGGUUGGUGCACUCUUGAUCCGUUGUCCGUUCAUCCCGAUCUUCUCGCCGGCGGUCGGCGUACGCAACGGCGCGGCGACUGUGACCCCGGUGUUCUAUGUUGCUGCGCUCGCGUGGUUCACCAACUUGAUGCUUGCGCUGUUCCUGUUCCUGGAGUCGCUGGGUAAGAAGAAAGCCAAGGGAGCCGUGUCGCCACUACCUGCUCCGACGGUGCCAGUCGCAGAAGAGUGGCUCGGUGACAUCGAGCGUUUGUUCAAGCACAUCACGUUGUUCCUACCGAAGACGCUUUAUGCCGACCACAUCGAUGACUGGGUUGCCGAACGGCUGACCUACUACGUAUCAAUAGGUUCUGCGCGCACUCUGCAUCUGCUCUUGGUCCUUCGUUGUUGUACUCAGGCUAGACUUCGUGGGAGCUACGACUUUGAGCCGCUCAGUGCAAGCUUGGAUCCCCGGGCUGCUAUCGGGCCGCCGGGCCUUGCUCUGCACGUCAUCGACAACCACGUUGUCGGCCCCAAGAGUCGAAUGGACGACGGUGUUUCUUAA